AUGCCGGCGCGUGCAUCUACGCGAUCGACGCGGACCAGCGGGGUCUCGCACAAGUCAUCGUCGGCAACCCUCAACCCGAGAGCGUCGCAUGCAUCAAGGAUAUCUACUACCAGCAUCGACCUCCCCGAAGAAACACCAGACAAUGCGCUCCGUCACCAAAUUGCAGCAGUAUUCCGCGAUGCUCAGCGCACGACUGCAGCGCAUCGAAAGCUUGCAGUAACGCUCCGCAAGAUCCAGGAGGCAUGUUGCUAUGAGCCGACAAGCAGCAAAACCUCGGCCGCAUCCGAAUUUGGCGAGGAUGACUUCAACGCUGAGGUCGCGAGAUGUGUGCUGCGAAUCAUGCCGGUCAAGAAGACGGAGAGUGCGGGUGAGAAAGUGGUCAAGUUUCUCGCCUUUUUCUUGCCGCACGCCAUCGCCAAGGACAACGAACUGCUGGGCGAGGUGGAUGAAGAUGCAAGCACAAUGCCUGAGACACCAACGACAAGGCUCAUGGGUCAUCUGAUGGACACUAUCCUGCCUCUUCUAUCGGCCAAGGACAAGUACGUCCGGUACAGGUCCACCCAGCUCGUCUCCCAGAUCAUCAACUCCUUGGAUGCCAUAGACGACGACCUCUUCCAAAAGCUGCGAUACGGGCUGCUCAAGAGGAUCCGAGACAAGGAAGCCAUGGUUCGCACCCAGGCCGUCCUUGGACUAGGUCGCCUUGCAGGCAACCAGAUGGAAGCGGAACCAAACUCCGAUGAUAGCGACGAUGAUGCUAGCACUGAGCUGCUGCCUAAGCUGCUCGAGGUCCUCCAAAACGACCCUAGCGCCGAUGUACGACGCUCGCUGCUGGUGAACCUGCCAAUCUUACCCAACACACUGCCUUUCCUGCUCGAAAGGGCGCGGGAUUCAGAUGCGCUCACGCGACGCGCCGUAUACUCACGACUGCUUCCUGCCUUGGGAGACUUCCGGCAUUUGUCACUUUCGAUGCGCGAGAAGCUUCUUCGGUGGGGCCUUCGGGACAGGGACGAAAACGUGCGCAAGGCAGCCGGCCGGCUGUUCCGUGAGCGUUGGAUCGAGGACUGCGUUGGUCCCCCUGAGGAAACAGAAGAGGGCCAGCCGGCUCAGCCAGCCGCCCCGAACUUUGAUGGGCUGCUAGAGCUGCUUGAACGUAUCGACGUCGUUAACUCUGGUGUCGAAAACGGCGUUGCCCUCGAGGCUAUGAAGGGUUUCUGGGAGGGACGACCGGAUUACCGGGAUGCGGCGUGCUUUGACGACAACUUUUGGGAGACGCUUUCGGCCGAGUCUGUCUUUAUGGCCCGCAGCUUCAACCAGUUUUGCCGGACAGAGGGCAAUGGCAGGUACGAGUCUCUGGUGGAGGAGAAGCUACCCGAGGUUACGAAGCUCGCUUUCUACCUGGAGCGAUAUAUCAAGGUCCUGAUCGAUGCCAUCAAGAGAGUGGAGGAGCAAGAGGUUGGGGAGGACGAGGACGAAGAAGACACGGUCGAGCAGGAGUUCAUCGUCGAGCAAUUGCUACAAAUUGCACUGACGCUUGACUACUCGGACGAGGUCGGUCGUAGGAAGAUGUUUGCCCUCCUCCGCCAGACCCUUUCCAUCCCGGAGCUGCCGGACGAGGUCACCAAGCUCACAGUAGACGUGCUGCGCGAUAUCUGCGCCCCAGACGCUGCUGGGGAGCGUGAGUUCUGCAGUGUGGUCCUCGAGGCUGUGGCCGACGUGCACGACACCAUUGUCGACGAUAUGGGUGGUGAUGAAGAUGAGAGCUUCCAUUCGGCGCGUUCCGAGGUCAGCAGUGACGGCACGCCCACCAAGGGUGGCAAGCCUGGCAAGGACGCCGACUUGUCCGAGGAGGAAAAGCAAGAAAAGCUGAUCAAGGAGCUCAUGAUAAACCUGAAAUGUCUGCACAUUGUGCAGUGCAUGCUUGCCAAUGUUUCGGGAAGCUUGCAGUCCAACGACUCACUGGUCUCAAUGCUCAACAACCUCGUCGUACCAGCAGUACGCAGCCAUGAAGUUCCCGUUCGGGAACGAGGACUGGUUUGCCUGGGUCUGUGUUCUCUGCUUGAUCGGUCGCUCGCCGAAGAGAACCUUACUUUGUUUAUGACGUUUUUUAGCAAGGGGCACGCAGAGCUUCAAAUCACCUCCCUUCACAUCCUUACCGAUAUCCUGAACGUGCAUGGUGCUCAGCUCCUCUCGGCCAACCCAGCUCUCCAGAAGGUAUACGUCAAGGCAUUGCGAGGCGCCGGCAAAUCGCCCGAGGUACAAGCAGCCGCAACGAUUGCCGUUUCCAAGCUGCUGCUGGGCAGGGUGGUUACCGAUCCCGAGGCAUCAGCAGAGCUGCUAAAGACGCUGGUGGUUGCCUAUUUCGAACCUUCGAGCUCCGGUAACCAGAGCGUUAGGCAAGCGCUCAACUACUUCCUCCCGGUCUUCUGCUACUCGCGGGCCGAGAACCAGGAUUUGAUGCGGACGGUCGCGCUCGACGCCCUCCACACGCUCUUCAACGUGCGGGAGGGCUACGAUGACGACGAGGCGGACAUUGGCGACGAGAUGGUGAGCAUGAGCACCAUUGGCGCCUGUCUGGUGGACUGGACCGAUCCGCGCAAAUGCUAUUCGGCAGGUAUUCUGGGCGACGCAGAGAAGAAGGCUGUCAGUGGCGAUAUUCACCUUGACUUUGCCUGCGAUAUCCUUGCCAAGCUCGGGAGCAGCAUCAGCAAGGAAGAAAAGAAGAUCGUAGCCGCCCUGCUCGGAAAGCUCUACGUGUCUCCGACAUCCACCGAUGAGAAGAUCAGGGAAACGUAUGCACAAAUGUCCGAAGCCGUCGAGAGCCAGCUCGUCUCGGACACAACGGGCCGCAACGCCCUGUACAAGAUUCACGUUGCUCUGGGCAAGAUCGUCAACAACCUCGAUCAGCAACAGCAGCAGAUGGAGGGUUAUGGCAGACGAAGCAUGAGCAGGAGCACAUCUGUCGGUCUCGAGGAUAGAACCAUUGUUCCCGAGGACAAGACUAUCACGAUGGAGACGGACAUCAAGGAGGAGGACGAGGGCAGUGACGAGGGGACCGUCGUCCACAGGGCCGAGACAGAGUCUUUCACCGAGGGAGAAACCGAGUUGUAA